GGGGCCAGCCUCCGCAGAAAGGGACUCCACAGCUGUCACAUUCCGGGUUGUGGCAAAGUAUAUGGGAAAACGUCGCACCUCAAAGCUCAUCUCAGAUGGCACACGGGAUGCAUCCAUGCUCAUGUGACACGUUCGUGGCUCUGCCUCCAUCCACAGAGGGUCAACGCAUCAUUUUCGGGAAAAACUCAGACAGACCCUGUGAUGAGGUCCAAGAGGUUGUGUACUUUCCAGCCAGGGAUUAUGGUGCUGGAGAAAAAGUGGAGUGCACAUACAUCGAGAUUGAGCAAGCCCUUCAAACAUAUGCAGUGGUUCUGAGCAGGCCAGCAUGGCUUUGGGGAGCAGAAAUGGGGGCCAAUGAGCACCAGGUCUGCAUUGGAAAUGAAGCCGUAUGGGGACGGGAGAGUGCAGAUGAUGAUGAGGCAUUGCUUGGCAUGGAUCUUGUGAGGCUGGGUCUGGAGAGGGCAGACACCGCUGUUAAGGCUGUGGAUGUCAUCGCAGAGCUGCUGGAGAAAUACGGCCAAGGAGGAAACUGCAUGGAGGACCAGUGUGGUUUCACCUACCACAACAGCUUCCUGAUCUCCGAUCGGAAUGAAGCCUGGGUGCUGGAGACUGCUGGGAAAUAUUGGGCAGCAGAGAAAGUGGAGGAGGGAUACAGGAAUAUCUCCAAUCAGUAUUCCAUAACAACUAAAAUCGACAAGGAGCAUCCUGGGAUGAGGGAGUAUGCCGAGAGCCAGGGUUGGUGGGACGGGAAGUCCGAGUUCAACUUCACUGGAGUUUAUUCCUAUGUGACCACCUCCCGUCUGGAGGCCGCUGGGAGCCGCUACUGUGAAGGAAAGAGACUUCUGGAGAAAAACAGCGGACGGAUCAACACUGAGACUAUGAUGGACAUCCUGAGAGACAAAGAGAGUGGAAUCAACAUGGAGGGCAUGUUCUUGAGCACGGGGAGUAUGGUGUCGGUGGUUCCUCAGGAUCCCAGUUUGCCGGGAAUCCACUACUUCACUGGCACCCCUGAUCCAGAGAGGUCUGUGUUCAAGCCAUUCAUCUUUGUGGAUGACAUCAAGCAGCUUAAGCCCACCUGUUCGCCCUGCUAUGGAGAGGACGACCCGGUGAAGAAGAAACCUCGCUUCCAGACCAAACCUGACCGCAAACACCCGCUGUUCCUCAAGCAUGAAGUGGUGGCCGCCAUCAUCGACAGCACCAGGGAGAGGGGGCAGAAGAUCAUGCAGAACAUGAGGGAGCUGGAGAAAACCAAGAUGGAGAAGAUGGAGACGUAUCUGACAGCAGGAGUGGAGGACCCCACAGUGGUCGUCAAUCUUUUUACAGACACUGUUGAUGAGGAGAUGAAGGUGUACAGUAAAAGUUAAAUGGUAUUGAGUCUUCUUAAUUUUCUUUAUUAUUUACUAAAAGGUUUGUCUAACAACUAACGUUUCGAUGUGUAGUCGAACAUGGAUGAAGAUGUGACUACACAUCGAAACAUUAGUCAAAGUUAAUGAUGUUUUGCACCUUUUAGUAAAUAAUAAAGAAAAUUAAGAAGACAUCUGAGCUGCACCGGCAUCCCUCUCCUUCUCUUUAAAGUGUCUGUCCUGGCCUGGUUGCAUCGGAUUGUCGCUAAACGACAGAAGCGCGGAGAACCUUCCUUUGUCUACUUAAAUUGUAUUGUUCUUGGUCAUUCUGUUUGUUAUGACUGAGAUCGGUCUUAAAAUUGCACUUUAAAUGAAAAAAACAUUAAUGAAAUACAGAGAGCAAUAAUAGUGUUGCACUUCAGAAGAAACAAAAUCUCAAUGUGUUAAAUGUGCUUAGGUUUACUAGAUCCUGUAAUUCAAUACUCUAAAAAAUAAAGGUUUUUACCUUUGUGGUGGUAUAUUUGA